CUUGAAUCUACUUUACGCUGCUCCAAAUCACGGACAAACUCCAGAAUACGAGGAACCAGGAGAAAUCACCGGUCCCUGUAUUACCGUUGGCCCCGUCGAAUGCUGGAAUCCCUUCGUUGUGUUUCAAGAGUCGCGGCGCUCCUCCCAAUACGCCAGAGACUCUAUGUAGGAAUGUUGAUACCACGACUGGACACGUCGCCUGCGACGGAACUGUGCCAAUCUGGUGCCAACAUUACGUUUCCAUUCGAGAACUCGAAAUCGCUGGACGGGGCUAUCAGACGACAGACAAGGUUUCUACACCCGCCUAAUGAAAGCCCAAAGUCGACAAAGCUUGCCUCGAAUUAGUCCCAUGACUCGAAAAGAAGACGUCGGCUUUUUCUAACCCACGACCACACCCUGGCAGCCAAUGUCCCUUUUGCAGCAACCUCAAAACUUUAAUGUCAGACAGUGUUGCUAGCCCCUGCCAAGCGCUUGAGCCUACUGCAUCUACCUUUCCAGAACUAUCCUUCCAUUCUCAGACUAUGAUCCACCCGCCGCCGUUCAAAAUGAGUCGCGCUUUCGCGUUCUAGUGUCCUCCCUCCAAAGCGCUUGCAAAGUGCGCGUCUUUUUCGGCCUCUUCUCGGUUCAGCAACAGCACCUCACCACUGGCACGACCGGGUUCUCGUCCACCUCUUAUCCGAAAAACGAUGCACUCUCGGCACAAACAUGUCAUGUUAUCGGCUUUCAAGCAAAAGGAUCCAUGGGCUUUACGACUCUUGUGACGUGCGACGUCUACUUGGGUAUGUUUGGAUGGUGGGCGGAAGUGUCGCAAUAUCGGUUUAUCAAGCCCCCUUCACUUCUUUUCACCUCCUAUGCAUACCUUACACCGAGGCUCAUGGCAAACUGGGCGCGAUUUUUCUCGAGUUUUCGCAACGUUAUAGCUUUCUUUAAGGAAGCUUGGUUCUUGGGCCGGCCAGCUUGGACUGUGAAGGAUAUCCCCGAUCUUUCAGGAAAGGUCUAUAUUGUUACUGGGGGUAACUCAGGCCUGGGUGCGGAUACUGUCCGAGCCUUAUUGAAGCACCGAGCUCGAGUUUACAUUGCUGCCCGGAACGAGGAGAAGUCGCUGGCCUUUAUUGAAGAAUUAUUCGAUGAAACAGGUCACAAGGCACACUUCUUGAAGGUAGACCUCGCAGACCUGGGAUCUGUCGAGGCUGCUGCCUCCGAAUUCAAUCGGUAUGGGCUACCCUAUGACCAACGAAUUGGGCCCUGA